UCCGCGUGCGCGCGCGUGCGUGGCCGUGAUGCCCGCGUAGCAACAUGCUCGUCCCCCCCGAGAUGAUGGCGGCGCAGUCCAAGCUCGUCUACCAGAUGAACAAGUACUACAACGAGCGCGUCGCCAACCGCAAGGCGCAGAUCGCCAAGACCAUCCACGAGGUCUGCCGGAUCGUGCAGGAUGUGCUCAAGGAGGUUGAGCUCCAGGAGCCGAGGUUCAUCUCCUCGCUCACGGACUACAACGGCCGCUUCGACGGGCUUGAGGUGGUGUCGCCGCACGAGUUCGAGAUCGUCAUCUACCUGAACCAGAUGGGUGUGCUUAACUUUGUCGACGACGGCUCCCUGCCUGGCUGCGCCGUGCUCAAGCUCAGCGACGGCCGCAAGCGCUCCAUGUCCCUGUGGGUGGAGUUCAUCACCGCCUCCGGCUACUUAUCCGCGAGGAAGAUCAGAUCGCGCUUCCAGACGUUGGUUGCGCAGGCGUGCGACAAGUGUUCCUACAGAGAUUGUGUCAAAAUGAUAGCCGAAACUACCGAAGUGAAGCUCCGGAUUCGCGAACGGUACAUCGUGCAAAUAACGCCCGCGUUCAAAUGUGCCGGCUUAUGGCCCCGGUCGGCGGCGCACUGGCCGCUGCCGGCCAUUCCGUGGCCGCACCCCAAUAUAGUAGCUGAAGUAAAAACUGAAGGUUUCGACUUGUUAUCCAAGGAGUGCUUAGCGCUUCAGGGAAAGAACUCCGCGAUGGAGGGCGACGCGUGGGUGCUGAGUUUCUUCGAGGCCGAGAACCGGUUACUUCAAGGCGGCUGCCGGCGGAAGUGCCUGAGCAUACUGAAGACGAUCCGGGACCGGCACCUGGACCUGCCGGGCAACCCGGUGACGUGCUACCACAUGAAGACGCUGCUGCUGUACGAGUGCGAGAAGCACCCGCGCGAGCACGAGUGGGACGAGGGCGCGAUCGGUGACCGAAUUAACGGCAUCUUCCUGCAGCUGAUAUCCUCGCUGCAGUGCCGGCGCUGUCCACAUUAUUUUCUACCGCACGUGGAUCUCUUCAAGGGCAAGUCACCGACGGCUCUGGAGAACGCCGCCAAGCAGGUGUGGCGGCUCACUCGCGAGAUGCUCACCAACUCCCGCGCCUUCGAGAAGCUCUAGUGAGACUCCGCCAAGCGUGAUCUUACGUGAAGUGAUUUACCGUAUUUUUUAAUCAUCCUCGAGUCAUUUUUCGUAGAUUUAGGACCAGCAUUUCGAUGUGUGUGAAAGACCGAGUGUAACGUAUACGCGAUUUGUUUUGUGAAUUUACGAAUAUUCCAUAAGGAUCGGACUGACUGUAAGUAGAAGUGAUACUACUAACUUAGGACCUUCUUAAAAUAUUAUUUUGUGAUAUAAUGUAAAUAGCUUAAUAUCGUUGUACAAUUUUAGUGAUAUAUUUAAUUUAAAACAACCUGUAUUUAUUUGACUGAAAUCUUAUAAAGUAGGCAAUACUACCUAUAUUCUAUAGUUAAAAUAAAUAAUUUGAAAUUAUUAAA